AUAUGAUCUCAAAUAGCAAGAACUUGAGAACCAUAACUCAAUAGUUACUGGUUUGGUGAAUACAGUUAGUUAUUCAUUCCUCUAAGGGUACAACUUCUUUUUUGCCUUUCUUUUAUAGUUAAUUAGCAUUAUGGAAAUAGAGGUGACAGGUGGCGGUGGUGGUACGGCGGGAGCUAAUGGCGGCGGUGAGAUGGAGAUGACGGAGCUGCCGCUGAGAGGCGGUGAGGCGUACUUGGUUUGGCAGGACUUGACGGUGGUGCUGCCGAAUUUCGGGAUGCAGGGUCCAACCCGGAAGUUGCUUAACGGGCUUAACGGAUGCGCCGAAGCGGGUCGGAUCAUGGCUAUUAUGGGUCCUUCUGGCUCCGGCAAAUCCACCCUUCUUGAUUCCUUAGCAGGUAGAUUAUCAAGAAAUGUACUCAUGACUGGAAAUAUUCUUCUAAACGGCAAGAAACGGAAGCUAGACUAUGGAGUUGUCGCUUACGUCACGCAAGAAGACGUGCUAUUGAGUACGCUUACGGUGAGAGAAACCCUAACAUACUCUGCUCAUUUACGGCUUCCGAAUUCGACAACUAGAGAAGACAUAAAAGGCAUUGUAGAAGGAACUAUAACCGAAGUCGGGCUUUACGACUGCGCGGACCGCCAGGUGGGAAGUUGGCAGUCGAGGGGUAUAAGUGGCGGAGAAAAGAAAAGAUUGAGCAUUGCGCUCGAAAUUCUCGUACGCCCUCGUAUUCUGUUUCUUGAUGAACCUACUACCGGACUUGAUAGUGCGGCAUCGUUCUUCGUUAUACAAGCUAUCAAGAAUCUUGCGCGUGAUGGAAGAACCGUGAUCUCGUCUAUUCAUCAGCCUAGUAGUGAAGUUUUCGCUCUUUUUGACGACCUCUUUUUACUGUCUGGCGGUGAAACGGUUUAUUUUGGUGAGGCUAAGAUGGCAACAAAGUUUUUUGCUGAGGCGGGAUUUCCGUGUCCGAGUAGGAGAAACCCGUCGGAUCAUUUCUUGCGGUGUAUUAACUCGGAUUUUGAUGUUGUGACAGCCACAUUGAAGGGUUCACAAAGACUACGUGAAACACAAAUUACCGCAGAUCCGCUGCUGAAUAUGGCAACAGCAGACAUCAAAUCAGCCCUCAUCCAUCGAUACAAUCGAUCAGCGUACGGUAAAAGGGCAAGACUCAAGAUCCAAGAAUUCUCCACCUCCCAAGGAGCCGAUAUCGAACUGAUUAAAGGAAGCCAAGCAACAUGGUGGAAACAGCUCAGGACACUGACGAAAAGAUCGUUCUUGAAUAUGUCUAGAGAUGUCGGAUACUACUGGUCUCGUAUAGUCGUGUAUAUGAUAGUCGGAGUAUGCGUCGGAACUUUGUUCUACGAUGUGGGGACCAAUUACACCGCAAUCUUGGCGAGGGCAGCUUGUGGUGGAUUUGUUACUGGCUUUAUGACUUUCAUGUCAAUUGGUGGUUUCCCUUCUUUUAUCGAGGAAUUAAAGGUUUUCACUCGAGAAAGGAUAAACGGAUAUUACGGAGUUUCUGUGUUCAUAUUGUCGAAUUUUUUGUCUUCGUUUCCUUUCUUGGUUGCGGUGGCGGUUAGUACGGGGACAAUUACAUUCUACAUGGUUUUUCGAGCCGGAUUUUCUCGUUACGUAUUCUUUUGUCUUAAUAUAUUCGGAUCGAUUGCAAUGGUGGAGAGCGUGAUGAUGAUUGUGGCCUCGUUGGUUCCUAAUUUCUUGAUGGGGAUUAUAACUGGUGCCGGAGUUCUCGGUAUUAUGAUGAUGACUGCCGGAUUCUUCCGGUUGCUUCCGGAUCUUCCGAAACCCGUUUGGCGGUAUCCAAUUUCGUACAUUGGAUACGGUGCAUGGGCACUGCAGGGAGCAUACAAGAAUGAUAUGAUUGGAGUCGUAUUCGAACCGCUUGUACCAGGCGAUCCGAAAAUAAAGGGAGAGGAUGUAAUAACGAAGAUGUUUGGAAUAUCGCUCGAUGCUUCAAAGUGGUGGGAUUUAUUCGCUUUGUUUGUACUUAUAAUAUGUUACAGAUUCCUCUUUUUCGUUGUUCUCAAGUUGAAGGAGAGAACUGCGGAGUAUUUCCAGUCGAUUUAUGCAAAGAGGUUAUUGCGCCGGUUCAAAAAGCACCCUUCGUUUAAGAGGAAGGCGUCCUAUUCUUCUUCUACGUCGUCCCAAAAGUACCCUAAAGUACUCCUUUCUUUGUCUUCUCAAGAAGGCCUUAACUCUCCACAGGUGUAAUUCGAGAGAUUAAAUGUUCCGUUAUUUUUUUUUUUUCUUUUUUUUUUGCUUAUUUCGUUCUUGAUCGGUGCUGGAUCAAUUACGUAUUACUGCAUAAAGAGUGUGUGUUUUUAUAAGACUCUUGUGUAACACGUUUUUUUUUUUUUUUUGUAUCAAGUGAAUAAAGUGAGUGAUGGUAAGAUUCAUGUCACGUUUAUUGUUGUUUCCAUGAUAUAUUGAUAUUAUCCGAGUAUUUGAUGGAUUUGUGGAACGAGCUUAACGAAUUCGUACGAAAUUUUCUGUGAGAAAUGUGUUGAGUUGAUUGAA